AUGCCCCCCAUCGUCACCGGAUCCCCCUUCCGCCGUCCUCGCAGCCGCUCACGUGGACCCGCUGCCCGCUCCCCCUCCCCACCCCCCCUCCCACCUAAGAAGUCGUAUAUCGACCUCAACUCGUCCGCACGCCGAUCCUUCCCCGACGCCCAGGGCAAACCACUCCGCGCCUUCCUCAGUGAUGUCGUGGUUGUCGGGCCGGAGAACAACGAAACGACCGCUCUCUUAAGCAAGCUCGGAGACAUCGUCGAGCGGCCCACGGCCAUUCCGCGGCCCCCAAAGGCGAUUGCAUCUACAUUGCCGCAACCCACAGGGGAGAGGGAGGGUUCGAAGCAAGAGGAAUUGGGCAAGCUGCUCAGAAGCCGGAUUGAGGAGCUCGUACGAACCGAGCGGUCUUACGUGUCACGCGUCAAGGCCUUGAAGCUCUCGUACGCCGACCCCCUGCGACACUUUGCCAAGUCGCCCAGUACUAGCAUCAUCCCUGUGUACGAGGCCAAGACGUUGUUUGGCAACAUAGAUGCGGUGCUGCCCGCAGCGAUGGCGUUUCUGGCAGAUCUUGAGAAGAUGUGGGAGAGCGGACAAGCUGACAUGGUCGUCGGGGAUGUCUGCCUUAAUCAUCUCAAGACCCUUAAGACCCUCGACUGCUUCCGGACAUACAUCGCAAACCAGGAUGAGGCGCAGAAGACGUUCAACGAGAUGAAGAGGAAACACCCUAGAUUCGUGACCUUUAUUGAUAGCACCAAGUAUCAGACUACAGGCAUCGGAAACAUCGGGCUGUUUGAGCUACUGAUGGAGCCUGUUCAGCGUGUCCCGCGAUACAUUCUUCUUUGGGAAGAAAUGGUCAAAUACAUGUCGGUACUUUCUCCUCAGCGCGCCAAGCUGUUGGAAGCAAAGGACAUUGCAUCGCGCAUUGCACGCUGCGAACCAGAUGAGCGGACUGUGCGGGCUACUGUUAUGUACUCCUUGGAGCGCAACGUCGAUGGGUUCCCUGCGAGCCUCUACAGUAACAACCGCGACUAUCUCGACUCGAUCGACGCCGAGGACAUGACCACAGACGGAGUGAUCUACAACCCUCGCGCCAGUCGCCCUGUGUCUAUCAAGUCUGGCAAGUCAAGCACUGUUACGUCGUUCGGCUCCAGCAGCAGCUUUGCAUCGCCGCAGAAGGAGGUUGGCACACCCAACCCGCUUCACUGCACACUCGUCUUGUUCGACGACAAACUCAUGAUCACCAAGCGCCAGGUCCAGGCUAUCAGUGGCUGCAGGGCAACCGGGCUCGAUGACAUCAAGGGCCUUAUAAAGUCCGGGGGCGGCGUAGCAGUCAAGGAGAAGGACGGCGCGCGGCGGGCCCAACUCAAGUUCCGCGGCGUGGUAGACAUCUUGGACGUUCGUAUCGCAGACGUUGGAAAUGGAGACUUCCAACUCUUCUUCGAGCAACCCAUUGCAGACCAAGGCGACCGCUGGAACUUGCCACUCCGCACAUUCCAGGUGUGCCACCCGCCAGCACCAGUCGGGCUCGAUUCUCAAGCAGCCCGCACAGACAAGCUUCGCUUUGUACAGAAUGUCUGGGCCGCACAGGCGCUCGCGCGCAGCAAGAUACUUCCGUCACAGGUAAAGCAGACCCCAUACGUCCUAGUUAGCGACGAGACCUUUGACGUCGACGGGUCGCGAGUGAAAGCCUACUGGAAUGUCUGGACGAUGGUGGGAUGGUCUGCCGAACAGCGAAAGGCAAAGGUCCUGGUGGAGGUCGCAGGCUCAGACUACGGCGACUUGCCUCUACCCGAGCCCGAUGAGUCGACCACACUCAUCAUCCGCUUAGAGCCGUUGGCUGGGGACCUCUGCCGCGUCUCUUACAUCCCAGCGAAGGGUGAGCCUGUCGUCCGCGAGCUCAUCGGAUCAGAGGACGUGAACAAGACCGUUGUGGAGAGGAUCUCGAAGGCCAUGGUCUACGUGCUGCCAUCCAACAACCCGAACCCGUUAAUGCAGACGCCGACGCUCAGCAAGAGAGCCUCGCGUAUGCUCUUCGGCUCCAGCACCGCCUCCUCCCGAGGAGGGCACGGCAGCGGCGAUGGCUUCGGCUCAACAAGCACGACGAGCACGCACCGCAGCCGCUCCAUCACUAGUCGGAGCUCGGGGAUGGACAGCAGCGCACUCUCAGGCGUCGACACCAUCUCCUCAGCUGGCCACGGUUUGUCUCAAGCGUCACCCGCUUCACCGUGCUCGCCCAUGUCGCCCUACAACCCCUCGUCGCCUCCGAGGUCACUUGCCAAGUUAGAGAGUGGCCAGGGCCGGGCUUCUCCUGCUAUGGAGGACUACUCGGACGACAGGCUCGCUUUUCGUCUUGACGAGGCGCGCAACAACUCCCGCUCCCUCGCAGCGAUGGCAUCGCCGCGUCUUCCUCCACCCUUCCCGAGUGCGCCUUCACGGGUUACGGCCAUGCGUGAGCAGCUGGAGGCACGCGAGCGCCAUGCCAAAGCCGCCGCGGAGGAGGACGAGAGAAUGAAGACCCGCUCGUCGCCGUUAAAGCCGGGCAUGUCCCCAGGAGACCUGAUCACGCGAGUCCAGGUCCCAACAUUAGCCUCUUCGAUCACGGAGAGUCUCUCGCGCGACUCGUCCUUAGGUUAUUUACCCCAGUCGCCGACAAAGUCGGUGCUCUCCAGGGCAGGCACAUUAAGCCGAUCCGGCACGAUGUCUCCGAAGGGUCCCCGCCAGCCGCCCGGGAGGGGCGGAUAUGUCGCUCCUCUGCCGCCUCCGACAGCCAGUAUCGUUCCCUCAAUGCUGCAGCAGCCCGAUGCUGUUGCGAUGGAGAAUGUGAUGAAUGGCGUGUCCCAGCCAACGCCCCUCUCCAUCCCCAGCCACGCCGGAACUGAGGCCCCGCCGACGCGGAGACCGCUUCCCAUACCACAGGGUCCAGCCGCCCCACCUCCGACGGUCUCGCGGCUGAUGGGCCUAGGCGCCGCUCCGAAGCUUAGAUCCAUCUCUGGAAGCCGCGGGCCUCCGCCUAACGACGAGAACGUCUCGCCUGUCGCUCAGAAGCGUGCACACCCCGCCGAACACCUGUCGCCACGCAAGAGAACGCCGAGCGACACGGUCACGUCCCGCCACGAGGGCGACCUAACGCCGACGCAGGCUCACAUGCCCCGAUACCCAUCGACCCUCAGCGCAGGCCCGUCGAGGGCGGGGUCGUGUUCAGGGUCUGGCAAGAGAAUCCUCACGCCCAGAGAUGAGAGGCGAUCGAGUGGUGCCCUCACUCCUUCGAAGAGAGUAUCAAGCGUAGCCUCCGUCGCCAGCGUCGCAAGCAUGCAGAGUACAACGUCAACCGCGACCGUUGAUACGGUCUGCACGCUCAAGUCAGCCAUUGAGCAGUGCGACGUGGUGAUGAGCGACCACCCGGACCUCGCUUCCGCGGCCGAUGCCGCCAGGCAAACAAUUGGAGAUGCACGCAAGCAGGCCCGUGCCGUGCGCAAGAACGUGGUGGUGUUGAGCAAGCAAUUGAAGGAGUCGCGGCGUGAACGCCGGUUUGAGAGGCAAGCGAGUUUGGCGCGCUCGCCGCACAACCGCAAUAUACAUCUCAUCUCCUCCACCGACGACGUGACGAGUUUCGGUGCCGACAUCCCCUUGUACAAGGACAGCUCAGAGGAGCAGCUCAAGGUCCUCGUGAACAGUACCCAGGCGGUCGAGGACCACCUCGCCCAAGCGCUAGCCGAUACCGAACGAGUGCGCAUGCUCGCGCGCAACGCGAGCCUGCAGGCAGACCUUGUUGCCCAGCUCGAGGCGCAAGUAACCCGCGCAAAGGAACGCGAGGAUCUCCUCCACACCCAGCUUGCUGCGAAGGAGAUGGAGGUGGACGAGAUCUACAAUGCCUUCAAUGUCGAGCUGGACGGGAUGUACAACGACAUCGCGCUGGGUACAGAGGACGCUGUGCAGACUGCGCUGCGACAAGAUCUCCAAACAACCAAAGGAAAGAGGAACGAGCUCGCCCUCGAGAACCAGCGGCUGCGCGACGAGCUCGCCAAAGAGCGCUUGCGCCGGGAGCAGAUGGCUGGCGUUCUCCGGAUGCAUGGAGGGCCGGAUUUGUCGGUGACGCAUGACGAGGCGUAG